CGGCAAUUUUAUGUGAUUAAUCAAAAAAAUGGCGAAAUUGGUUGAUAUAUACAACAGCGAAAAAGAGCCUGUAAUAAAAAGACGGCAAUUGCCGUUAAUUAUCUACGAAAAUCUUACCAUGAUUAUGGAUUUAAACACUAUGGGGCUGAUUUGUGAUAACCCGCAAGUGAAAGGACGUGAAUUCGAAGAUUUCAUGCGCAAGUAUAGGAUCCUCACUACAGAUGAGCUCAAAGCCGCGCUUAGAGUCGACGCUUCUGAUAUUAUUAACGUUUUAAAUCAAAGCAUUCCUUGUGUUGGCUGUCGAAGAAGUGUGGAACGUCUCUUUUAUCAGUUAUGUAAGUCUGGUCAUCCCACAUUAGAUCCUCUAGUCCUAACCCAGGAUGAGAUUAUGACUAUUAAAGAAGACAAAAUAACACAUCCACAGUCACUUGCCACUCUACUCAAUGGUCACAGUACUGGAAUAGAGUGUUUAAUCCUAAGCCAGCCACGAUGGAAAAAGUCGCAGCGCUGCACUCUGCACUCACUGGAGGCAGGUAGUGCGCGGGGAUGGGGGGCGAGUGGCGCGUGCGCUUGGGGCUGGGGUGCCUGGGGGUGGGGAGGACGAGCGGCCUGGCGUACAGCCUGGGAUGCCAUGCGGUCCGUUGCUCGUGAGCAUGUCACGCUAAUACAUUUCAACACUCUACACGACACUCUUCACAAUUAUCUAAGAAAACACCGUUUCUGUGCCGACUGUAAAACCAAGGUUUUAAGAGCUUAUCAGCUACUAGUUGAAGAAAAAGAGCCCCAGAAAGAAAAAGGCUAUGUAGGAACACUAUAUAGUGGCAUUAAAAGAUGCCUGUUGGACAAGCAUCUACAUCUGCAAGCAAAAACGGACUAUAUCGAGCAACUUAUAACUAGAGCCGAACCGGAACUACUGGGUAACCAUCGUGAAAGGCAUGCCAAGACUCUUGAAAUUGCACAGGAAGAGGUGUUGAUAUGUCUUGGCAUCUGUAUAUACGAGCGGCUACAGCGUAUCUCUCUCCGGCUGCGCGAGGAAGAAGGCACGUGUCAGACAUUAGCGGCGGUUACGGUGGAGGCGCUUUAUCGCAAGUUCGAGACCGCCGUCGAGCAGAAGAGCGGCGUCUCUAAGUUACAACUGUUGUACGACGAGAUAACACAGGAAGAGCUCACGCGGCAGCAGAGAAAGGAACAAAAGAAAUUGAAAAGGCGCAAGAAGAAGGAACGGCAAGUUGUUGAGACUAAAUGCAAGGAAGCGGACUCAGAGGAACCUGAAGAAAAAUGCCAAUGUGAAGAAUGUAUACUAGAAGAACGAGACACACCAACCGACCUGCUUUCGCCGCGUGAUUACAACCAGUGUUACGAGACUGGCGGAGAUGGCUGCACGUCGUGUCUAGACGACUCAGCAAAACGUCACUCGCCUAAAAAGUCUAGCAAGAAACAGGCCAAAAAUGGCAACAUCUCACCUAACGAUCAUUCACAGGAUUGCGGAUACUCGUCAGGAAACAACGGAGGUUGCUGUGAAACUAUGUCUGGAUCUUCUUCCCUCAUGAGCUCGCCUGAAGGCUCGGAGGUGGCAUGCUCAGAGGGAUUCUGCAACCACGAGAGAGGCGACUGUUUAGAUAUGAAUAAAAAUGACAAGUUAUCAUUACCCGGGUUUACGUUAUCUCUGCAAGAAAUGCUUAAGAACACAUGCUCGUCAGACGAAGAGGAAGACGCCAGUUAUAUUCCUAUAGAAGACGUAAUGGAAUUCAAGUCACGUAGGAACACAACUGAGAAAAGACAAGAGUUACGACAGAACCUGCGCCAAAAGUUCGCCCAACUAUGCGUCGCGCCACCGACGCUCACCGCGAAGGAAAAGCAGUCUGCUUAGUUUACAAACCUUCCAACUUUUCAUGAUCGAAGUCCACACAUGUUUAUAGAAAGUUUUAGCUGAUGAUCUCUAAAUGUUAACACCAAAAAAGGACUUCUGUUAUGGAUUCCAAGUACAGUGCAUUGUGAAACCAAGCCAUUUCACACACCAAUCAAAUGGUUGAUGGCAGUUUACAACUACAUACUUUUUUAAAGUCUUGCACUUACAAUAAUCAGAAUCCAAGAUAGUAAGUGUAUGGUAGUACCUUUAAAUGUUUAAGUUUUAGCAGUGCCAGCACUGAACUGCAAAGUUGAAAAUCUAAAGUCUUAUCGUGAACUAAGAAAGAAGUGCUAUGUUCAAAUGUUUUACACCAAAAACAUCAGUCGAAAAUAUAACUAUAUAAUGAUAAUUAGAAAUGUUCUCCAUUUUUGAUAAGAUUUUAUUUGAAACAAUAGACGUUGCAU